CGCGUCCAGCUGUUCAGCAAUGGUCAGCGCACGGGCGAUAUCAGCGAGUACGGGCGAUGCUGCUGGCUCUAUAGCCUGAAGCCGCAAGAUUGGUACAAUGGCCGCGCCUACGAGGGCUUCUAUCCCACGAACCUGGGGAACCCGCCCGCCAUCCUGGACGGCAACCACAGGGACGUGCUGAUCCCGCCGACCCUCAUUGGUUUGUUUCAGUCCGGGAAGAUGCUCCCCCCUCAACUGAACCUUGUGCUCGAAAUCGAAUUUGCGGAUGCCUCAGAGGCCCUGUGGCCCGGAGGCACGGGCUCCAGCAGCUACAACAUCGAGAACGUGCGAGUGCUCGCCUCCCAGGUGACCCUGGACAGCGCCUUGGUCGAGAGCUUUAACAAGGUGCUCCUGUCCGGCCGCAGCUUCGUCUUCUCUUACCCGACUAUGCACACGCAGGUCUCCUCCAUCCCCGCCGGCAGCGCGCAGCACAACGUGACGGGACGACGACGACGCCCUGGGCGAGGUCAUGAACCUGGAGUACCCCGCGAUCACGGGCAGUUGGAGUCGCAGAUGCAGUUGGGGGCGUUGCAGUACCCCCGGUACCCCAUGGCCAGCCUUGCGGAACACCACCACUUUUUGGAGAUCAUGGCCGGCACCUACGACUCCAAGAUCAAGAACAUGCGCCUGAACCGCCUGGAGUACGAGGACACUCAGUUCAUUGCCGCCUUCCCGGUGGAACGCGUCCCGAAGCAUCCCCUCAGCGGCAUCAGCACCCGCUCUGGCGAUCUCGCCCGCUUCGCCUUCAAAAAUCUGCGGCCUGCCCGGGCGCAGAGGCUCUAUGUCCACCUAAUCAGCUACCAAAUUGUAACCAUGUCAAGCCAAUUGGCCACCGUGUCCAUUUCGGUCAACACCACGGGCAUAGCCAACAAUGCGGCGGCCAUAAGCGCCCUGCAGACGCAGAUCCCCUCCCUACCCGACCUGGCCCCUUACGCCCUGGCGGCCGACCUGGCCGCGGCUGAGGGCUCCAUUGCUGCGAACACCAGCAGCAUAACGGCGCUCAACGCAAGCCUCACCACAGGCUUGGCAAGCAAAGCCAACCAGUCAGCUUUGGACGCCCUGCAACUGGAGGUUAACGGCAAGUCCACUCCGACAAGCGUGGACACGAAGCUCCAAAAUUACUCGACAACGGCUAGCAUGAACUCGGCCAUUACGAGCGCAAACAAUGCAACGCUAGCCUCCGUGGCAAGCACUUACGCCUUGCAAACGGUCACCGCCCAGUUGGCCUUGGAUCUGGCGGCCAAGCAGUCCGGAGCUGAUGUGGAUCAGAAGAUUGCAACCGCUCUGCUGGACAAGCCCAGCGCCACAGAACUGAACACCACGGUGGCUCUAAGGACCACGCCCGCAGACGUCGACCAAAAGGUUGCCACGGCUCUGCUGACCUACGUCACACACGUAGCCUUGGACGCAGCUUUGGCCUUGCGAGACGGCAGGCUCGACGCAGCUGAGGCGACCAUCGCCACGUUGCAGGCCGCCGGCCACCAAACUGCCGCGCAAGUUGCAAGCGCGAUCGCCACAGCGCUUCUGCCUUUCACAGACGCGGCAGGCCUCAACUCCCUGCUUGCCGUGCGGGACGGCAGGCUGGACUCUGCGGAAACUGCGGUAGCCGCAUUGCAGGCCGCAGGCUACCAGACUUCUGCUCAAGUCGCAUCAGCCAUUGCAUCCGCGCUGCUGCCUUACGCGCAGCAGACAGGGCUGG